AAUGGUCUUCUAUCACAAACACAUGGUACAGUCAAGAAAUAUUCCGAAAAGCAGUCAAAAUGGAAGCGGGAAUGGAUGGAACUUAAUGCAGCACAUACUGGGGUCAAGAUAUAGAUGUCGUCUUUGAUCAAAAGCUGGUAUGAGUUCCUCUUCAUUUACCAAGAAUGUGGACAAAUUGUGUGGCUUGGUAAGAAAACUAGAGGCUGUCAGCUCCUGGGGACCUUUAAAGGGUAUAGAAGAUAAAGGUAAAGCUUGUAAAAGUUUACAGGCCGCAGCAAAGAACAUUCAGGAUGCCUUAGACUUCCUACAUUACUCUGGUCAAGAUGUGGACGGCAAAUUGUAUGAAGGUGCUUUGUCUGACAGAGGACUUUUGGAAGUGGCCACCAAAUUAGGCCAUGAUUGGAAAAUGCUGGCAACACAGCUUGGAUUAAAACAAUAUGAGUUGGAACAGAUCGAGCGUGACCACCCUUUACAGGCAGUCCAGCAGAACAAAAUGGCCCUGAUCAUAUGGCGACAAAAGCAGCAGACCAAGAAUAGACGGCAGUGUAAAAUUCUUGAUUCCCUUAAACAGAAACUUCAGUUUAUUAAGCGCCAAGAUAUAGUUGAUAGCUUUGAUGAAAUGGUCUAUUCCUCUCUAGAUACAACUGUAGAUGAACAGGAUGGGGAUAGCAAUGGCAACAUGAAUGCUUCUAUUAAAAUUGAAAUAGAAGAAGACUUAUUUGCUUUGGACACUCCAUCCAAACCCUCUAAGAGUGAAGAACAACUAAAUGAAGAAGAUGCUUGUAAUCAAAGUCCGGAUCUGUUAGAAGCUCUAGCUAUCAACAAGACAUCUGUGUAUGGUGAGCAUGUUCCUGAAGAGCUCAGUGAUGCGGAGACAGUUGAUAUAGACGAGGGCAUUAACAAUCAACGUCCUGAUCUGUUAGAAACACCAGUUGUUGUUAAAUCAGAAGGACUUGAUACCUUUUCCAAGUCCGAUUGGGGAAUAAAACCCCAGCUGCUUGGAUACAAGUAUGUUACCACUGCGGCACAUGAUCAAAAUUCAUUGUGGUUUGUUCAUUGUUCAGAUACAACUGUAGAUGAACAGGAUGGGGAUAGCAAUGGCAACAUGAAUGCUUCUAUUAAAAUUGAAAUAGAAGAAGACUUAUUUGCUUUGGACACUUCAUCCAAACCCUCUAAGAGUGAAGAACAACUAAAUGAAGAAGAUGCUUGUAAUCAAAGUCCGGAUCUGUUAGAAGCUCUAGCUAUCAACAAGACAGAAGAGGUCAGCGAUGCGGAGACAGUUGAUUUAGACGAGGACAUCAACAAUCAAAGUCCUGAUCUGUUAGAAACACCAGUUGUUGUUAAAUCAGAAGGACUGGAGGACCUUGAAAAUUUUGAUGAGUUUAUAUUUGAAGUCGAUCAGAAAUCUACCAAUCAUGUAGACUCUGAAAAAAAGGGUUCACCAAAUCUACCCAAAGAUGUGACUGAAGGGGGAAAUAUUGAUGACGAAUUCAGUGAUGAUGAUUUCAGCGAUGACUUGUUAGUGCAAUUGGACGAGGCUGAGAAAAGUUUUGCUCUUGAGAAUUCUGGCAGUGACUUGAGUGGACAAGCAGACCAAGUCGAUGAAGAGGAUGAGGACGAUUCUGAGAAUCAACCCGCCGACAAGAAAUAUCUCGUAACUUUGAAGCAGUACUUUGGUUAUUCCAAAUUCAGACCAAUGCAGUGGAAGAUAAUAGAUUCCGUCCUCAAUGAUCGUCGUGACACUUGUGUAAUCAUGGCUACAGGUCAUGGUAAGAGCCUUUGCUAUCAGUACCCUCCUCUGUUUACUGGCAAAACAACAGUAGUCAUCUCACCGCUGAUAUCUCUCAUGCAGGACCAGGUUUUGGGACUCAAAGUGGCCAACAUUGAAGCCUGUUUCCUAGGAUCAGCUCAACAGAACAUGACACAGAUAAAGACUGAAAUGAUGAGGGGGAAGUACCGACUGGUUUACAUCACACCAGAGUUUGCUGAUGCUGCAACAGAUAUCUUACACAAUUUAGACAAGGCUGUCGGCAUUGACCUGAUUGCUAUAGAUGAAGCCCACUGUGUGAGCCAGUGGGGGCACGACUUUCGAUCAGCUUACCGAUCACUAGGACGAAUACGGAAAUCAUUCCCAAAAGUUCCCAUCAUGGCAUUGACGGCUACAGCAACCCCAGAGGUGAGGCGGGACAUCUGUAAAAGCCUCAAUCUCCGAAACCCCCUCAUGGUCUGUACAGGGUUUGACAGACCCAACUUGUUUUUCUCGGUGAGCUCCAAGACCAGCCAGUUGGAGGAUAUUCGGUCCAAGAUGACAAAGAAGGACUCACGAUACGAGUUUGAUGGACCAACCAUUAUCUAUUGUCCAACCAAGAGAACUACCAUGGAUGUGGCACAAUGCUUGUCCGGCAUGCGUGUCCCGAGUCUACCAUAUCAUGCAGGUCUCACACAGAAGGCUAGGGAUGACGCCCACCACAAGUUUGUCAACGACCAAAUACAGGUGGUGGUUGCCACGGUAGCGUUUGGUAUGGGGAUCGACAAACCAGAUGUUCGUAAAGUCAUUCACUAUGGAGCACCCAAGGACAUUGAGUCGUAUUAUCAGGAAGUUGGUCGGGCUGGCAGGGACGGAAUUCCUAGUCAAUGUCAUGUCUUCUUCUCCAAUGGGGACUUUAAUACUGCCAAACACUUCAUUAAUGAAAUGAAAAAUUCUACAUUCAAAGAACACAAAAUGCACAUGCUUCGAAAGAUGCAGCAGUAUUUAGGUAUUGCAGGAAAAUGUCGCCGUAGGCUGUUGUUGAGUCACUUUGAAUCAAGAGGCUUGGAACAUAUCGGUGGGACACCAAACUGUUGUGACAAUUGUCGGAGAAAGAUUGAGAUGAGCCGCAAACAGAGCUACUACGACUCCAAGAACUGGACGAUGGCUGACAGCCUGAUGUCAGAUGAGGAGCGGGAGUAUGGAAAGGAGGCUAGGGAUCUCCUCUCUGCAAUCGAUGCCUUGGGCAACAGAUAUGGACUGAUGACCCCUAUCAAGUUUCUAACAGGAUCUGUUGACAAGAAAGUCCAACGUUUUUCCAACUACAAUGGCUUUGGAUCUGGAAAAUAUAAGAAAAUCAAGUGGUGGAGUGCUUUUGGAAAGGCUCUGAUCUUGGAGGGAUAUCUGUCAGAGAAGCCAAUUGAAUUUGGAUUCGGCUCAGUUGUGGAAUUGUCGCAGAAAGGCAGAAGCUGGCUGUCAAAAAAUAGGACAGCUGCAAAUGUGUCCCUGAAGAUGACGCCGAAUGCGGACUUGGUUGCUGAAGAAAAACCUGCAAUCAGUGUUUCUAUCAAGCCAUCAAUUCCCAUGGCAACAGCCUCAGCAUCAACAAGUUCAAAGAAGGUCAAUCUCGGUGACUUCCAACAUACGCCCAAAACAUCACCUCGACUUACUCCAGUGGUGGACGAGGAAACGCUCAAACUCCAGGCAAAGAUGGCCGCUUUACAGAAUGAACUUUACAAGGAGCUGGUAAAGAAGAGGAAUGAGAUGUCUGGAGAGACUGGAUAUGCUCCUUACUCUAUUGCCAGCAACAAGGUCCUCCUGGAUAUGGCCAAUAUCAGGCCAAGUACUAAAGACACGAUGGUUAAGCUGGAGGACUUCCCACAGGCCAAGGUUCAGAAAUUUGGGGACAUGUUCAUCACCAUCAUCACCUCCUUCUGCAGAAUGCAUUCUGGAUGCAAAAUGGACAAUUUUCCGGAUAUCGAUAUCCAAAAGGUAUCCCCAAGUCUUGACAUUAACAAGCUGACAGAGACACAGCGGACAUCCUACGUCAUGUACAGUCAGGAAAAUCUUGAAGUGGAGGAAAUUGCAUCCAGGCGAGGUUUCAAAACCAACACUAUCAUAAGUCAUCUCUGUGAAGCGGUGAAAAUUGGCCUGGAGGUUGACAUCCAGAAACUUGGUGUCAAUUCUCGGAUAGAACAGCUGGUCACAGACACAAUCAGAGGCCCGCUCAAGUCAGACAUUAGUCGUUUGAUGAAGAUCAAAGAUCUGUUACCAGACUACAUAGAAUUUAACCAUAUAAAGUUAGUCAUUGCUUCCCUGUCAUGGAAACACGGACAGGAGGUGCUGCCAUCUGGAGAGCUGGUAAUCUUAGGUGGCACGACUGGUACCACUUCCUCUCUGCAGAAAGGAGCCUCUAUCUCAUCAACAGACAGUAACUCGGAAUCCUCAGAGGUUUUGUAUUUGGAAAAUGCAUCACAGAACUCCCAAAAUAUGGAGGGAGAAUCUUCUACCAGUACUGGAAAACGAAAACUUCCAUCUUGGAUGUCGUCAAACAAACCGAUAAGCAAAAAAAUGAAAUCAAACCGCCUCUUUCGUUAAUGUGUUCAGGUCGUAAAAAAUGUAUGCUGUUUCUGAUCAUUGAACAUUAUAGUACACUUCAGUCUAGUGUGUUGUGUUUGGACUAUGUGGACUAUGUUGUAUACUUGUGGGUCGUGGUUGGGCCAUGUGGACCAUGUGGUAUACUUGUGGGUCGUGGUUGGACCAUGUGGUAUACUUGUGGGUCGUGGUUGGACCAUGUGGUAUACUUGUGGGUCGUGGUUGGCCAUGUGGAAGUGCUUUUUGAGAAAUUGAUGCUUAUUAUAUAAAUCAACGUGAAUACAUAAAUAUAUUUGUGAGUUAAGAAAAUUUGAUUUUGUAGUGAAAUACAAAAACACUUACUAAAUGUGUGAAUGUUUAAAAGUUUUAUGUGAAUGGAAUGCUUGAUGAUUAAUCUUCAUACAACAGUAUAAAAGUUGACACCUAAGAUUGUGAUGAUUUUGAUGGCUAAUAGAAUCUCUGAAUAUAUAGAAAUAUAAUGUAAUUAUGACUGUGAUAUACAGAUGAUAAAGACUGUGUACUGAAAAUAGACUUGUGUGAGUCAAAUGAGAUUUUUACAGGACAUAUACAAUUGUAUAAAAAAUGUGUUUGUUAUAUGAAAGUGUAAGCAUGGUGUUGCCAAGUAAUUGUCAGGCAUUUGAAUUAAUUUCAUUGAUAUGUUUUUUGUGGUGUUUAUUUUUUUUUUAAUUCCUUGCCAUUUCAUCUGAACCAAAUCAGGCCAGCAGAUGCUUUUGCUGUUAGGAUUACAAUAUUUUAACUAGGGACUUUAGUUAUCAGCAUUGAUAAGAGUGCUUGUCAUCAGAAUAAUGAACUUUUUAUAUAUCAUCAAAUAUCUGUACUGCUGUAUGGCUUACCAACUCGGCUACAGCGAAUAUUGGUAGUGUUUGACUAUUAAUAGUACUUAAGAGGGCCUGAAUUAUAAUGAACUGAUACCAUUCGCCUAUCAGUGUGUUCAGAUUUGCAUCACAAUACUUUUUAAGCGUUGUUUUUAAUUUAACCUAAAAGUUGUUCUCUUCUUUUUUUCAAAAUAUUUUUUGUUUCCUUUUAGGGAAUAGUAUGAUGAUGAGUAUAUCAUAUACCCUGGGCUCCUCUGUAUUAUGAAUAAAAUGUGAGAGAUUUGUAUUUUAUUUAUUUCUUUAUUUUUUAUUUUUUCACGGUUUAUUUGGAGAAUGUUUAUAAGAAUCAGAUAAUUGUUUUUGAAAUUAACGACAUUUUUGGGCAGACCUGGAAGAACAAGUAAGUGUAUAUGUCAGAUUUUAACCAAUGUGAACUUGUGAUGCCAAUGUGUGACUGUUAAAGUGAGGGCAUUUUAUUUUAUGUUGAGAUUGCCUGUCAUAAUCCAGUAUAGUUGCUUGUAGGCCACUUUAACAUGGUAUUUUCCCAGUAAGACUCGAAAUUAAAAGGACACGACUAAAGAAAACCUAUGUAUGAAGUUUGAAAUAUCUUCCUUGUACUUUUCAAUAAAUUGUGAUAACAAAUUCCAAGAUGGUCACCUGUCGGCCAUUUUGUUUUUCAAUCAAACUCAAAAUGGAAUAGGCACAUAAUCACUUGUAUGAAGUGUUAGAAAUAACCUUCCAGUAUUUCAAGAAAUAGGGAUAACAAGACUUUCUUUAAGAUGGGCCAGAGACAAAGGGUGAUUUGAACUGCCAGAUACCAGGGUAUCUAUGGUGGGCUGAAAAAAUGAGAGACUGGGGAUAUAUGUCAUGGUGGUCUAAAAAAUGAGAGGCUGGUGUAUCUAUGAUGGUGGGCUGAAAAUAUGGGAGGCUGGUGUAUCUAUCAUGGUGGGCUGAAAAAAUGAGAGACUGGUGUAUCUAUGAUGGUGGGCUGAAAAAAUGGAAGGCUGGGGUUUCUAUGAUGGUGGGCUGAAAAUAUGGGAGGCUGGGGUUUCUAUGAUGGUGGGCUGAAAGAGUGGAAGGCUGGGGUAUCUAUCAUGGUUGCCUGAAAAAUGGGAGGCUGGGGUCUAUAUCGUGGUGGGCUGAAAAAAAGGGAGGCUGGUGUAUCUAUGAUGGUUGGCUGAAAAAAAUGGGAGGCUGGGGUAUAUAUCAUGGUGGGCUGAAAGAGUGGAAGGCUGGGGUAUCUAUCAUGGUUGGCUGAAAAUAUGGGAGGCUGGAAUAUCUAUGAUGGUUGACUGAAAAAAUGGGAGGUUGGAGUAUCAAAUAUGGUGGGCUGAAAAUAUGGGAGGCUGGGAUAUCUAUGAUGGUUGACUGAAAAAAUGGGAGGCUGGGAUAUCUAUGAUGGUUGGCUGAAAAAAUGAGAGGCUGGAAUAUAUAUCAUGGUGGGCUGAAAAAAUGGGAGGCUGGAAUAUCUAUGAUGGUGGGCUGAAAAUAUGGGAGACUGGUGUAUCUAUGAUGGUGGGCUGAACAAAUGGGAGGCUGGGGUAUCUAUGAUGGUGGCCUGAAAGAGUGGAAGGCUGGGGUAUCUAUGAUGGUUGGCUGAAAAAUGGGAGGCUGGGAUAUCUAUGAUGGUUGGCUGAAAAUAUGGGAGGCUGGAAUAUAUAUCAUGGUGGGCUGAAAAAAAUGGGAGGCUGCGGUAUCUAUGAUGGUGGGCUGAAAAUAUGAAAGGCUGGGGUAUCUAUGAUGGUGGGCUGAAAAAUGGGAGGUUGGAAUAUAUAUCAUGGUGGGCUGAAAAAAUGGGAGGCUGGGGUAUAUAUCAUGGUUGGCUGAAAAAUGGGAGGUUGGGAUAUCUAUGAUGGUGGGCUGAAAAAAUGGGAGGCUGGGGUAUCUAUGAUGGUGGGCUGAAAAUAUGGGAGGCUAGGGUAUCAACAUGUAUAUUUAUAUCAUAAAGAAUUAUGAAAGCAGAGCAAUACCAUUUAUCUUUUUUAUUUAAUUCAGUUGCCUCUUACAAUGUAAAGCAUUAAAUUCAAAGCACAAAAAUCACAACACGAGUACACAUGGCCUAGCUGUCAUUCUAAUCGUAAUGCACAGAAGAUGUCAUUAGUUCAUCUUUUUCUUCUUAAUUUUACAAGUUCAAGCCACAUCAGUAAUAUAUAAUAUUAAUAUUUAAAACCAAUACCUUUAGAGCUUAGUAAUACAGUAAAGCUGCAAGCAUACAUCAUUUAUAAAUGUCUCAAUGGUAUAAUAACCAAAUCUAAGGUGACUUCUAAUCACUAUGGAAAUACAUCUUCAGAAUCCAAGAGUUACAGUAUCAAGUGCCUUGAUAUUUAUCUCGUCUUAGAGAUAUCAUAUUUGAAUGCAAGUUAUUGUAUUCACAGAGGUCAUGCGACCACGAUAGUUAUCUAGUUUUCACAGAGGUCAUGCGACCACGAUAGUUAUCUCGUAUUCACAGAGGUCAUGCGAACACGAUAGUUAUCUAGUUUUCACAGAGGUCAUGCGACCACGAUAGUUAUCUCGUAUUCACAGAGGUCAUGCGAACACGAUAGUUAUCUAGUUUUCACAGAGGUCAUGCGACCACGAUAGUUAUCUAGUUUUCACAGAGGUCAUGCGACCACGAUAGUUAUCUCGUAUUCACAGAGGUCAUGUGAACACGAUAGUUAUCUAGUUUUCACAGAGGUCAUGCGACCACGAUAGCUAUCUAGUUUUCACAGAGGUCAUGCGAACACGAUAGUUAUCUCAUAUUGACAGAGGUCAUGCGACCACGAUAGUUAUCUAGUUUUCACAGAGGUCAUGCGACCACGAUAGUUAUCUAGUUUUCACAGAGGUCAUGCGAACACGAUAGUUAUCUCAUAUUCACAGAGGUCAUGCGACCACGAUAGUUAUCUCGUAUUGACAGAGGUCAUGUGAACACGAUAGUUAUUCACAGAGGUUGAAUGCAACAGUUGGAAUUCUGAGGAUACACAAAAAUACAUUUGAAUACAAACUUUAAAAAUGUUUAAGUAUCCGACUCCGGUGUGGUUAUAUCACACAACACUCUAAAAAAACACACAGAUUUAAUACAAAUUUGAUUAAUAUACUUAAAUAAUCUGCCUGUUUCUGAUUGUAUUCAUUACUAAUAUUAUGAUCAAUACUGUACAAAUAUGUAUUAAAAAUGGUUUUAAGUGAUUUGUUUUGACCAUAAUUGAUCAAUUAUCUUCAUUGGUCAAGAGAUAUUCUCAAUAAUAAGGCAUUAUACUAAUUCUUCUCAAAAUAGUACAAUCUAAAGUUAGAGGGGGAUAUCAAUGUCUAGUUUUGUUUUUGUUUUUGUUUUUUUGGGGUUUUUUGGGGGGUUUUUUGUAGAUUAAUCAUUUCCAACAUGUAGCUGAAGGGAAUAUGACUUUCAAGGGGAAAGAACUCUGGCAAACACCAUUACUUUGGACAUAUAUCAGUCAAUAAUGUGCUAUGUGACUGGUCUCAGGCAGGUGUAUAUAAUAUCACAAAAUUAAAAUUGGUCCCAUAAAUGAUUACACUGUAUCAGGCAAGCAAUGACAUGUCGCUAUAAAUAUAUAAACUGAUUUUUAUACCAUCUGCAUUGAAUGAUGUAAAUAAAUUUUCAAACAGGAUCCAAUUGAUUAAACCAGUUGGUGUCUUACAGCAUGUCUAGUUAUACGUUUAUACAUAAUGACAUGUAUUCUCAUCACCUUCCUCAGACAGGCGAAAUGGGUGUUUAUAAUAUACAAGAAGACUUUCAAGCUAUCAAUAAAAUUAGGUGUGCUCUGUUCUUUUCUUGUCAAUAGACACAAUUUAAGAAGAAAACAAUACAAAUAUACUGUAUGGCUGCUGUAUAUAUCCACUGGUUAUAAACACAAAUAUACUGUAUGGCUGCUGUAUAUAUCCACUGGUUAUAAACUGUAAAAGUGUUCAGUUACAAAAAAAAA